AGGAGCGCGGCGGAGAGGACGACCGAUGCGACGGGCGCCGCCGCCAAUGGCUGCCGUUGCACGGGGAGGAGCGCGUCGGUUGUUUGCCUUCCCUCCUACUCCGCGUGCCGUGCGGCGCCAUUGCCGUGGCCACGCGUCAUCGUCGGGGUGAGGUGGCAACGCCCGGUGGUGCAGGCGGUGCGGCGGAGGGGAGGGCCAGCGAGGGAGGAGCGCCGCGGAGAGGAGGGCCGAGGGCUGAUGCAGCGGAAGUGGCAUCACCGACGCGGCGGGGAAGAGGGUUGGCACGGCCGACGGGGAAGGAGUGGUGGAGAGGAGAUCGACCGGUCGGUUCCCCACCUGGCGAACGCUAGCACGAGUACGAGGAGCAGGAGCAUGCACAGGCGAUGCACGUGUAGAGGAGCAGGUCGGUCAUGUUCGGUCAUGUUCGUGCUGGUGCAGGCACUGGUCUACCACAUCCUCCGUAGCUCGUCGAGCGUCUUCUCCAAGGACAGCAAGCUCGGCGGGGCGGCGACGCGGCGGCGGAGACACGGGAGAAGGGGAGGGCGGCGGCAGGGCGAGGUGGCGUCGACAGGCGAGCGCGGUGGCGGAGGCCGGAGAGGCGGCGACGGUGGCAGGCGAGCACGGCUGCGGAUGGGGAGCAGCGGCGCCGACGACUUCGCGCCGCUCAGCCUCAUCGUCGUCGGCGGCUCCAGGCGCGGGCGGAGGACUCCUCUGAUAGGCGAUGGCGACCGCGAUCACCGCGCCGCCGGCUUCUCGUCGCUCGUCCGCUGGGCCGCGGCGCCGCACUCGCGCCGGCCGCACGCAUGUCGUCGUCCUCUGUGACUGUGAGUAGUAGUAAUACCACCCACAGCGUCACGGAGCUCUCCAUUUCUUCUUCUUAUCCACUGUCUAUGCGACGGGCAGCGGCCGGACGGACCGAGGUGGCGAGCAUCGACGACGACGAGGCGUGCGAGCUGGUGAGCGGCGCGGACCUUGUCAUCGGUGGCGACGUCGACAACGAGGGCGAAGGCGUCCGCGCGUACCUCCUCCGUCUCCCCCGCCGGCUGCAGCCGCGCGCCGCCAUCGCCGACCGCACGAGGGGGAUGAGGACAGUUACAAAUGCCUCAGAUUUGUGAUGGAUUAAUUGUAAGAAGCUGUGCACUUUAUUGAAAAAAGCUCAAGAACCAA